UUCUGAACAUAGUCCAUUGCCUCUUUGGUUCCCUUUCCGUUAUUGUCCAGGUUCCUCCUUUUCAAGAUGAAUGCCGCAAGGGGAGCAAAACUCCCGACCUUUUUCCAACGAGCAUCGAAGCCCCUACGAAUAAAAGGCGUGAGUCUCUUCCAUAUAUUCUAUUCUCCAGAGAAUCUUAUUCCUUACAUUGCCGCCCGCUACCUUAACGACUUUGAUCACCCAAUUCGUCCGAAGGUCGUCCAUAUGUAUCAAACCCGCGAACGCGGUAUACUGUGGUGGACAGUGGUGGAUGGAUACCUCGUGUCUUCGCUGAAGCCAGUCGUUCGAUCCUGGUGCGCGAGACGCGUUAGAACGGCCUUUGAAGCUGUGCUGAAGGAACGCGGCUAUAAUACGGAAGGAAAGAAGCUCAUUCGCGAUAGCCAGGGCCAUGUGACAGGGGCGGAGAAAGCGUUGAAGGGAACGAUGGAGAUUCGCAUGGUUGAGCCGGUCAUGAAGGCGGGCUACGAAAAGAUUGUGGAGCAAGCUAGGCUUCUUGUCGACCAUUUGGAAAACAAGCAAGUAUGGGAAGGAAAAAGGAAUCAGCAACAAGCACAGACGCGACAGACGCGGGGACCAGAGCAAAAAGCACGAGGGAAAAGACCCUCGAAUAUGCAUUGGCGGAAAACGUGAUGUGCUUCGCGGGGAUAAUAUAUACGUGAUUUACUCUGCCUCUUUAGCGAAUGGAUUCCAAAGGAUCGUGUUUACAUCCAGGAAUCACCCGAUAUGUGGCAUCUAUAUGGAGAGGAUCUCAUCCAUCGUUUACCAGGACCCUGUGGAAACUUACAAGGCGCCCAGUGUCUGUCCCGAGGAGGGCAUCUUUAUACUUGAGAAUUGCCUUCAAACCCUUUGUGUCGACAACCUAGGCCAUUGUAGAAGGUCUAUGGCAAAUUAUUGAUUCCUAGGGUUCCUCCGGAGGUUAAAACGUGUGUCUCUGUUCACAUUAGCGGUACCGAUAUUCAAUCCACCGAUCGAUUGUCGAGGAAUCAAGGCCUUUCAUAUCAAAUGCUAAAACUCGGCAAGUCCUUUUCAAUAUUAAAUUGUGUCCCAUAUGUCGACACUGACUGUCCACCUUCAACCCUUGGUUCAAUCACCUUCCUCUGUCCCAGAGAUGCUAUUAAAUCACGCUGAGCAUGGUUGCCGGAUAUCAUUACAUCAUUGUCUUGAUGUAAUCCAACUGCUUUUGUUGCAUCCUUGUCACGUUUGAGGACAUACUGUUCAACCGAAACUAAAUCCUCUCACCUCCGGCAUCCAGGUGACUUUAUGACUCUUCACAGUAUGAGGAGUAUGUGUGGUUCAGCCAUCACUCUUGAUUUCACUUUGCUUUUGCUUUUGUGCCUACUUCGCAUUUACCUCUCUAUAAUUCCUUGAUUCAUAUGACGAAUCCUUCCGUAUA